AUGGCGGGAAGGUCCGAGAGACGACGACGAGAACGGCGUGGAGCCCUGCACAGUGUUCGUCGGGGAAAUCGCGCACCUGGUGGACAGGAGGCGGCUGAAAGAUCUGUUAGGGCGCUUCCGCCUCUUGACGCCACGGUGGUGCGUGAAAAGCUGACGUCCCGCCGGCGCUGCUUGGGCUUCGUGACGCUGCCCGACAAGUGGGCCAUGGAAGACGUCAUCCGGGAGCUGCACAAAUCCAAGGUGGACGGCCGCAUGAUCAGCGUGCGCCACGGCAUGCCCAAGGACUGGCAACACCAGCAGCCCAUGCGCGACCGCGUGGGAGACUCUGGACAGGGGUGGGCGCGAACGGGGGGCUGUGUGGUGCGACGGGAACACCCUCGACGGGAGCCGUACGCGGUGGGAGGGCAACUAGGUACAUGCACUGGGUGCGCGGAGGCGACGUUGGGCACGUGGAGGCGCGCAAAGGCAUGCAGACAACUGCCAGAUCCGCCGCGGUACCCCGCACGGAGGGCGGACAUUGCAGGCGGGACGCCAGGGUGCAGGACGGGGUCCCCAGGAGGGAGAACGGCGACUGCGUGCACGAUGCCCGGCGGGCCGACGAAGAGUCUGAGUAACGGGUGGCAGUCUUGGCUGGGGCGCAGAACGGUGGUCGAAGAGGACCGCGUGUGCGGAUGGCUUGUUGGCGCCGCCACGGGGCGGAUGGUCCUCCGGAUGAUGCCGACCGGUCCCACAAGGCGGAUGGGAGAAGUGGUGCGGGCGCGUGUUCAGAAGUGA